AUGUCAUUUUCAUCUAAUCAUAAUAAUAAUAUUAAUAAUAACUACCUCGAGACAUCUUCCAAUGUGGUAUCGUCAUCGAAUAAUUCCUCGAGCAAUAUAGAAUCUAUUGCUUCAAGCGAAACUCAGGGUUAUCCGCAAGUGAUGCCGAUAACUUCUGUACGAUCUAGAUUAUCAUUUCAAUCUGCUAUAUCUAAUUUAUCAAGAAUACCAUCAUUAGCUAAAACUAUAUCAAAAGCAUAUACAGAUAUUAGAGACGCAGUUCAAGAUGAUAAUAAACAAACUGACGCUACUUAUAGUUCACAGGAUUUAAAUAGAUUAUUAGAAUCAAGAUUUGAUCUAGGUGAUGCCCUUAGGUUACAUAAUGAAUCUAUUGAAUCAUCGGUGGAAGAAGAAAGUAAGAACAAGAAGAUGGCCGUUGAAGAUAUAGAGAAACAACAAAAUGAACCAUUAGAUUUAUUAUCAUCAAAUACUUCAUCUUUAGUAUCAUCAUAUGCAGAGAGUCCACUCUCGUUAGCAUCACAUCAAGAAAUGACAACAAAGGAUGACAAUGGUAAUGAUAUUAACUUGACAACUACGGAAAAUGGAGAAAUGUUAGCAAAAGUAUUUACCAAUAAAUCAACAGGACAAAUUGAAUUACCUCCUGAUAAAGGUUAUGCUUGGGUAGUUGUCUUUUCAGUAUUUUUAAUCAUGUUCAAUACUUGGGGUUGUAAUUCUGCAUUCGGUGUAUUUCUAUCAUUUUUUUUAAGUAAUAAUAGAUUCCCUGGUGCAACUCGUUAUGAUUACGCUUUAAUUGCAGGUUUAACUGUAUUUUUAGGUCAAGGUUUAUGUCCAUUUGUAGUGAUUAUUAUGAGAAUUGUCGGUCUAAAGACUACAAUGUAUUUUGGAACUUGUGUAAUGGUAACAGCAUUCGUAUUAGCCUCGUAUGCAACUAAAUUAUGGCAUUUAUAUGUCACUCAAGGGUUUAUGAUCGGUUGUUCCAUAUCUUUAAUCUUUUCUCCAGCAACAACUCUUUUACCGGGUUGGUUCUUAAAGAAAAGAGCAGUGUCAAUGGGUCUUUCAUUAUUAGGUACUGGUGCUGGUGGUGUCACAUUUGGUUUAGCUUCAAAUAAAAUGAUUCAGGACUUUGGUAAUACAAAGAUGUGUUAUAGAAUGUUGGCAAUUACUUGUAGUAUUGCAACGGCUAUAGCAAUUUCAUUAGUGAAGGAAAGAAGUCCCAUAAAACCAGUUGGGAUUAAAUCUUUUACUAAGAUGAAAAGAGAAUUUAAUAAAAUGUUUUCUUGGAAAGUUAUUAGUCAACCCUUUGUUCCUUUAAUCGCAAUAUGGUUUACAUUAGCAUUAUUUGGCUAUAAUUUAAUGAUUUUCACUUUAUCAUCAUAUGCUGUGGCUCGUGGGAUGUCUCAACAUCAAGGUAGUUCCUUAACUGCAAUUUUGAACGGUGCACAAUGUGUAGGAAGACCUGUAAUGGGUCUAUUAGGUGAUAGAUUUGGUCGUGCUAAUGUCACAAUCACAUUGACUUGUGUCCUUUGUAUCUUCAUGUUCGGGUUUUGGAUUCCUGCUCAUACUUAUGUUCAAUUAAUCUUUUUUGCUAUUAUGGUGGGUUCAUGUGUAGGUGUCGCUAAUGUGAUGAAUACUGUAUUGAUUGCAGAUAUGGUUAAACCUGAUGAAUUUUUACCAGCAUGGGCAUUCGUUAAUUAUAGUGGGGCCCCUGCUUUGCUGGUUACUGAAGUGGUUGCACAAGCAUUGACAGAUUCAAAAAAUAAAUCAAACCCUUAUUUGCAUACUCAAAUUUUUGCUGGUUGUUGUUUCAGUGCUGCAUUGUUUAUGAUCUUUAUAUUGAGAGAAUAUGCUGUUAGAUUAAAAUUAACAAAAAGACAAGAGGAUACUGCUCGAAAAUUACAUGAAAAGGAAGAAGAAUCCUCUGGUGAUCUUCAGACUGUAUCUGAACAUUGGGAUGUUUUAGAGAAAAGAGAAACUAAAUACGAAGUUUUAUUAGGAAGUGGUGUCAAGAAAUAUUUUAUGAGAAUGGCAUACCCAAUGAAAGUAUGA